AAGAGCUGUUCUGUCAUGGGGUGACUGUCAAGGCCACUAGGCAUCUUGUUAACUGAAAAAGAUGUUGUCUCAAUCAAACAGUGGAGGAAGAACAAUUUGUCAAAGAUGUUUGAGAUAUAUUAGGUCAACACAACGAUAUAUCAGUCAUCAAGAGACAUGGACAUCAACCAAGAUAAGGAAAGCUUUUGUUGACUAUUUCAAAGAAACUCACGAUCAUCAGAUUAUUCCUUCUUCAUCAAUAAUUCCUGUAAAAGAUGGAGGAACAUACUUCACAAAUGCUGGAAUGAAUCAAUUCAAACCAAUUUUUCUGGAAACUGUUGACCCACACAGUAAAAUGGCUGGCUACAAACGAGUGACAAACCACCAGAAAUGCAUCAGAGUUGGCGGUAAACAUAAUGAUUUGGAGACGGUUGGCAAAGAUCUUUAUCACCAUACCUUCUUUGAAAUGCUAGGGAGUUGGUCAUUUGGAGAUUACUUUAAGGAGGAGGCAUGUACCAUGGCCAUGGAGCUAUUAACUAAAGUGUAUGGCUUGCCAGUUUCUCGCCUUUAUUUUACAUAUUUCAACGGUGAUGCCAAACUUGGUCUGCAACCAGACCUAGAAACUAAAAACAUCUGGCAGAGUCUGGGAAUACCCCAGAAGCGUAUUCUGCCUUUUUAUAUGGAGGACAACUUUUGGGAUAUGGGUAAGACAGGGCCAUGUGGGCCUUGCACAGAGAUCCACUACGACCACACAGGAGAUGGGACUGGAGUACACCUUGUCAACCGGGGGUCCCCACGGGUUGUGGAGAUUUGGAAUCUGGUCUUUAUGCAGUAUAACAGGCAGGAAGAUUCCACACUGUCAAACCUUUGCCGACAACAUGUAGACACUGGAAUGGGUCUGGAAAGGAUGACAGCUGUUCUUCAGAACACAGAAUCUAACUACAACACUGACCUGUUUUCUCCAAUAUUUGAAGCUAUCAGUAAGGAGACAAAGAUGCGACCUUACAAAGGCUUGGUGGGAGAGGACGACACGGGAGGUGUUGAUACAGCAUACCGUAUUGUAGCUGAUCACAUUCGCAUGUCGUCUAUAUCUAUAGCUGAUAAUCUGGUGCCCAAUAGAGCUGGUCUAGGAUUAACCCUGAGAAUUGUCAUGUCGCAGUGUUUCCAGCAAGCCUACAAGGUUCUUGGAAUGUCCCAGGGUUCAGUGUCCGGACUGGUGGAUGUUGUUGUUGACAGUCUGGGAGAUGCCUACCCAGAACUUCAGAAAAAUAAUUCAAAAAUUAGAAAUAUUACAAAAGAAACAGAAAAAUGGUAUACAAGUUUAGUUUCCAGUUCAGAAACAGCUUUCAGCAGAUUUGUUAAAAGGACUGCCAGCAAGAGGGAACAUAAGCAUAUAUCAGUUGAGGACAUGAUGAACCUCCACAAAGGAAAAUAUGGAAGCAAAGUCCCACUAAACAUCAUGCAAGAUAUAGCUUUAAAAGAAGGAUACUCUAUGGAAGAUGUUGCCUUUCAGGAAGCCAGAAUACAAGAGCAACAUUUAGUGGAAAAUACUGAGAUUAAGAAUAAACUGAAGUUAGACAAGAACAUGAUAGUAUCACUACAGCAGCGAGGAGUUCCGUGGACAGAUGACAGCUUCAAAUAUAACUACACUUCUGUGGAGGGCAAAUAUGAAUUCCUUGAUGACUUCAAUGGCAUCGUAUUAGGACUUGUAGACAGCAGAGGCUUUGUGGACAAGAUAGGUCCUGAUGUUCAAAGUGGAAUUAUUGUUGACAAGAGUAUUUUCUAUAGUGAAGGUGGAGGCCAGGCUGCAGACAUAGGAUAUAUAAAGACAGAGCUUGGAUCCUUCAGAGUAGAGGAUGUCCAGACAUUUGAUGGCUAUGUGUUACACCUUGGAAAUGUUGAGAGUGGAAAUUUAGAAAUGGGCGAAACAGUGUCCCAGGUGAUUGACCAGGAACAUCGGUUAGGAUGUAUGAGAAAUCACACAGCAACUCACCUUUUACUAGCAGGAAUUCGUAAGAUACUGGAUACCAAUACAGAACAGGCUGGUUCCAGCAUUCACAAAGACAGCUUUUCAUUUGACUUCACUUCCCACAGGAAGUUGGAAGCUGACCAUGUGUCACAGAUUGAAGAUUUAGUCAAAGCAUCUAUUCAAAAGAAUGAUCCAGUGAAGAGAGAAAGGAUUCCUCGAGAUGUUGCCCUAGAAAUGGAGGCCAUUGUACCGUUAAGAGAUGAGAUUUACCCCUCACAUGUGUAUGUGCUGAGUAUAGGAAAUUCAGUAUGUACUGAUGACAAUUUAAUGUCUAAAGAACUUUGUGGAGGAACCCAUGUCAGUAAAACAGGUGAUAUUGGGGACUUUUACAUUACCUCAGUGAUCAGAGCAAAUCAGGCUACCAAGAGGAUAUAUGCUGUAACUGGACAAUCUGCUGAACAGGUAUUAAAAACAGGAGAGAGGGCACAAGAGUUGCUCCAGAAGAUUAAAUCUGGGAUUAAUGAUAGAGACAAACUGGAUGAUCUUCUUGAGUGUGUUGAAGAACUUAAUAGUAUGUUUGGCUUAGUUAUGCCCAAAACUAUGAGAGACCAAGUGUAUUCAGAGCUGUCUCCUCUUUCAAAUCGAUUGUCUGGCAUGGAAUCAGAGAGGCUAGCUGCUAAUGCCCAACAGGUUAUUAACAAAGAAAUGCAAGCUCAGAAGAAUGGCAGUUUUGUAUUAUGCAGAAGUGAUUUAAAGAAAUCAAAACAGGUUAUCAAGCUGUUUGUUAUAUCUGUGAAGAAAUCUAAUAUCUUUUAA